CCAAGCGCCCGUUCGGGAGAGGGGGGAAGCCCGGCCGGGAGGGGGUGGGGGGAGCCUUAGUCACUUCCCCGCUCCAGCCUGCGCCCGCCCGAGCGCGCACUCACGGCCGCUCUCCCUCCUCGCUCCGCAGCCGCGGCCCAUGGAGCCCGCCGGCCCGGCCCCCGGCCGCCUCGGGCCGCUGCUCUGCCUGCUGCUCGCCGCGUCCUGCGCCUGGUCAGGGGCGGCAGGAGAGGAGGAGCUGCAGGUGCUUCAACCUGACAAGUCAGUGUCAGUGGCGGCUGGAGAGUCGGCCAUUCUACGCUGCACCGUGACUGCCCUGGUCCCCGUGGGGCCCAUCGAGUGGUUCAGGGUGACUGGGCAAAGCCGAGAAUUAUUCUACAGUCAAAAAGGCCCCUCUCCCCGGGUGACGUUUCUUGAAGAUAACACAAAGAGAAACAACACAGACUUCUCCAUCCGCAUCAGUAACAUCACCCCAGAGGACGCCGGCACCUACUACUGUGUGAAGUUCCGGAGAGCAUCUCCUAACAACGUGGAGGUUAAGUCUGGACCAGGCACCGAGUUGUCUGUGAGUGCCAAACCCUCUCUCCCUGUGGUAACGGGCCCCGCGGCAAGGGUCACAGCUAACCAGACGGUGAACUUCACCUGUGAGUCCCAUGGCUUCUCCCCACGAGACAUCACCCUGAAGUGGUUCAAAAAUGGCAAUGAGCUCUCAGACUUCCAGACCAGCGUGGACCCUGCAGGCAAAAGCGUCUCCUACAGCCUGCACAGCACAGCCAAGGUGGCGCUGAACCCUGGAGACGUCCACUCUCAGGUCAUCUGCGAGGUGGCCCACGACACCUUGCAGGGGGCCCCUCUCCGUGGGACUGCCANUCUGCCCUGUGCUGUUUCAGUUCCGCCCACCUUGGAGGUUACUCAACAGCCCACGAUGGCAGGGAGCCCGGUGAACGUCACCUGCCGGGUGACAAGGUUCUACCCCCGGAGCCUACAGCUGACCUGGUUGGAGAACGGAAACGUGUCCCGAACAGAAAUGGCCUCGACCCCCAUAGAGAGCAAGGAUGGGACCUACAGCUGGACCAGCUGGCUCCUGGUGAACUCAUCUGCCCACAGGGAGGACGUGAAGCUCACCUGCCAGGUGGAGCAUGACGGGCAGCCGCCGGUCAGCAGAAGCCACGUCCUGGUGGUCUCCACCCACCAGAAGGAGCAGGGCGCUGGUGCCACCCCUGGCGUGUCUAACAGUAAGGACUGGAGCAUCUACAUCGUGGUGAGCAUCGUGUGCGCCUUGCUGGUGGCUCUGCUGAUCGCGGCCCUCUACCUCUUCCGGAUCAGACAGAACAAAGCCAAGGGUUCCACUUCUUCUACAAGGUUGCAUGAGCCCGAGAAGAAUGCCAGAGAAAUAACCCAGGUACAGUCCUUGAUCCAGGACACAAAUGACAUCACCUAUGCAGACCUGAACCUGCCCAAGGGGAAGAAAUCUGCCCCCCGGGCCGCUGAGCCCAACAACCACACAGAGUACGCCAGCAUUCAGACCAGCCCGCCGCCCGCGCCCGAGGACACCCUCACCUACGCCGACCUGGACAUGGUCCACCUCAACCGGACCCCCAAGCAGCCGGCCCCCAAGCCCGAACCGUCCUACUCGGAGUAUGCCAGCGUCCAGGUCCAGAGGAAGUAAACGGGACCGCAGCCGGCUCUAGGGCCCGUCCCCACGGGCUUUGUUGUCCCACGUGGAGCGGCCGUGGUGAGGACAGCCAGCCCAGUUCCCGGAGGGCCGGGGCGGCGCAGGCCCUGGGACCAGGGUGAGGGCGGCUCUCCAACACUUGCAGGGUAGCCUCGGCCCCCUCGUUGCCGCACAUCUGGAGGCUGACGUUGCCAAACCAGCCGGGGAACCGACCUGGGAAUUGGCCAGAGCCGCCUGGGGUCCAAGAACUCUUGUGCCUCUUUCCACCAACACGUGGGUCUUGGAGACCCUUGACUGCCUCCUUGAUGCUCCAAAGCCUGAUCUUCCAGGGUGAGGAGGAGAAAACCCCACCUCCCACCACCACUACCACCCAACUGGGGCUUCUGGGGAAAAUUUUCCCUUUAGACUAAACUGCCCCAUUCAUAGAGAAGCUGGAAGAAACUCUGGAACCCACAUCCCGUGACUUGGUGAGGUUGCUGCCAGUGGUCCUGGCCUCCCCUAUCCCUGGGCCGAAGAGCCACAGCCCUAGAGGAGGAGGGGACCCUCCAAGGAACCCCCCUCCCCCCAUAGGACCUGGCGACAAAACCCUCCUCUUCCUCGGGCCCCUCCGUGACUCCUUGGGGCCCAACUGUGAUGCUCCACCUGGACCCGCCUCUCCUUUCUAGACCCAAGCUUGCUCCCUCCAGCUAGCACUAAGCAACAUCUCGCUGUGGACGCCUGUAAAUUAUUGAGAAAUGUGAAACGUGCAAUCUUGAAACUGAGGUGUUAGAAAACUUGAUCUGUGUUGUUUUCGUUUUGUUUUUUUCUUAAAACAACAGCAGCAUUAUCUUGGCUCUGUCACGUGUUGAAGUACAUGGUUGGGUCUUGUGAAGUCUGAGGUUUAGCAGUUUGUUGUCCUGGAGGGAUUUUCUUACAGCAGAAACCGAGUUCCUCCUAGUCCCAGAGCCCUGAGGACAGGCAAGAAGGAUCCGUGUGGCUGCUGUCUGGAGACACUUAGCCUCCGUGUUGGGACUGUCGUGGCCGUGUUCUCAGACGAGCCGUGUGGCUGGUUCUUCUGCCUUCCGUGACCCCACUGUGGUAAGUCCAUCCUGCCCGGGGCUUCUCUAGGCUGCCUCUUGUCCAGACCUAAUGCCUCAGUCUGCUCAUCUGUAAAGUGGGGAGAGUAAAGGUGACACCCGUCCCCACCACUUCUCACAAGCACUUUAGGGACGUGCAGAGGCCACUGAGCCUGGCCGUUUGCCCCACCCCUUAGCGACUGCCCCCUUCCAGAUCCUUGAAGCAGGAAUCUUCCACUUCCGCUCUCUAACCCUAUCGGGAUCAAACUGGAAUGAAUCAAAGGCAGGCAGGGGGGUGGCACAGCUGUGAAGCCAGGGCUGACCCACCCUCUGUCCCUCCAUUCCAAGAGGAUGGGCAGAGGCUGUGACCCAGUCACCCUUUGAUCCCCACCCUUCCAACUGGGUGUGAGGGCCUGGCUGGGCCCAGGGCAAGCAGACUUGCAAGCCCUGUUGAUUCAGUCUUAAUAUAUGACUCUUAGGGGUGAGAUGUGUGUGACCCCCUAGCCAUGGGAUGCCCCAGGGAUUCUUGGCUCAGGCUGUAGAAGUGGCAUGUUGAGCCAUCCUGCCCAUUCCUGGAGUUCCUACAAGUGAAACUUGGGAGCUCAGCAGAGACCCAGCUCUCUGGGGGAUGGUGACUUGGUGUUUUCCAUGAUGGCAUCCAGGAAGGAGCUGAGCCAACAGACCAUGUGGACAGCUUUGGCCCUAUGAGCCAGAGCUCUUCUGGCAUCUGGGAGCCACAGUGGCCAUGGCCACCUGGCUCGGGCUGUUUCCAAAUUCCAAAAGGUUGGCUCGUAAACCUUCUUCCUCUCUUCUGCUCAGAGACAGCGCACGCGUGUGCACCCACACGCACGCACACAUGCAUACACACAUACAGAAUUUGAAAAGAAUGUUUUCUUGGUGCCAUUUGAAUUUAAUUUUAUUUUAAUUCUUGGAGGGGAAAAUAAGGGAAUGAGGCCACGGAAGACAUAGAGCUUUAGCUUCAGCCUGGCAACCUGGAGAUUCCCCAUACCUUGUGUAUCGAGCCCCAGGGAAAGGAAGAGGUUGAACCAACCCUGUGGAAGGAGUGUGGUUUCAGGAGUUUAUUUUAAGACUGCUGGGAAGGAAACAGGCCCCAUUUUGUAUAUAGUUGCAACUUAAACUUUUUGGCUUGCAAAAUAUUUUUGUAAUAAAGAUUUCUGGGUAAUAACGACUC